AGCACAGCUCUUGGUGCAAAUGUCUCCAGGUAGUCCAGACCAUACCUUUGGCUAAAUCCUUUGACAACAAGCCUGGCUUUUAGCUUGUUCAGACUGCCAUCUGCAUUCUGUUUUGCUCAAUAUACCCAUUUUACCCCAAUGGUCUUCUUUUCAGCAGGUUUAUCAACAAGUUCCCAUGUCUGAUUCUUCUCUAUCAUGUUGAUUUCAUCGACCAUAGCUAGUUUCCAGCCUUCAUCUGCCUCAGCCUCUUCAAAACUGCUAGGUUCUGCUAUUGCAACUUGUGCCCUAUCAUAAAUAUCAUCUAGGGGCCUUGUGCCUCUCACAGGCACAUCAUCAACAUUCAUUUCAGGUCCUAGCUGCUCAAAUUCAGCAUGAUUUGGCACCAGGUCUUCUGAAACUGCUUCUGGUUCAUUUUUCUCCCAAUUCCAGCAAGCUCUUUCAUCAAAAAUGACAUCUCUGCUCACCUGGACUUUGCUUGUCAAGGGAUCCAGAAUCCUAUAGCCCUUCCUGACUGAGCUAUAACCCACUAGGACACCUGGUUGAGCCCUUUCAGAUAGCUUGUCCCUCUUUGCUGCUGGUAUUUGUGCAUAGCAUAGGCAACCAAACACCUUCAGGUGUGCCAAGGAAGGCUUAAAACCAAACCAAGCCUCGAAAGGUGUCUUGGAUGCAAGGGCUCUGGUAGGAAGCCUAUUCUGAAGGUAGACAGCAGUGUUUACUGCCUCGGCCCACAUGGUCUUGGGCAGUUUCUUAUCAAACAACAGGCACCUGGCCAUAUCCAUCAAGCUUCUGUUCUUUCUUUCUGAUACCCCAUUCUGCUGAGGUGAGUAGACAUUUGUAAGCUGGUGUUUGAUACCAGCAUCAUUGCAAAUGGCUUGAAACUGAGCUGAAGUGUACUCAGUGCCAUUGUCUGACCUUAUCGAUUUUAGCUUGCAACCUGUUUCUGUCUCUACAGCAGUUUUAAACUUCACAAACACUUGAGCUACCUCAGACUUGUGUUUUAAGAAGAAAAUCCAGCAAAAUCUUGUAAAAUCAUCAAUGAAUAGGAUGAAAUACCUGUUUUUGCUGAGUGAUUCAGUCCUCAUCGGACCACAUACAUCAGAGUGCACCAGCUGCAGUCUUUCAGUAGCUCUCCAAGCUGAAUUUGUAGGAAAUGGCAGUCUUGCCUGUUUUCCCUUCUGACACACUUCACACAGAUCAUCAUCAUGCUCCACUGAGCUGGUAAAGUUCUCUGCCAAGUCCUCUUUAUCCAUUUGAGCCAAUGAUCUGAAGUUGGCAUGCCCAAGCCUUUGAUGCCAAAGCUUGGAAUCAUCAACAGAGGCUGUAUAUGCUGACUUUGAGUCAUUUGGCCAGUGUACCUCAAAGCAUUUGUCAGUCAUUGUGACUGUCAUAAGGCUUGAUCCACUUGGAUCAGCAAUGUGGCACUGUUUGUCCUUGAACACAACAGAAUAACCUUUCUCGAGCAAUUGAGCUAUGCUGAGAAGGUUUCUGUCGAUCUCUGGCACUAACAACACAUUUGGAAUGAUCUUGUUGCCUGUGGGAGUACAUAUACCAGCACCUCUCCUUUUCCUUCAGCCCUUAUAAACUGACCAUUUCCAACCUUGACCUUGGUUUUGCAACUUCUAUCCAAGGUUUUAAACAAGGAGGCAUCUGGUGACAUGUGGUUAGUGCAACCACUGUCCAAUAACCAGCCUUUUGAGCAUUUUUCUCAGCAGCUAAGCAAGAAACAGCAAAGACUUGCUCUUCUUGAUCACUACUGUCCUCAGCUACUCGAGCUUCAACCUUUGGCUGCUGAAAUUGAUUCUGCCUUGACUUGUUCCUGUUUUUACAGACCCUUUCAACAUGGCCCUUCUUCUUGCAGUGUUGGCAUACUGCAUCUGGCCUGAACCAGCAUCUGUCUUCUGGAUGACCAGGCCUCUUGCAAUGUCUGCAGGGCUGGUUAUUGCUCCUUGCAGCAUCAAUCUUAGGCCUACUUUUCCAAGGCUUUUUGCCUUUAUGAGCAUUUAUGCUCGAGGCUUCUUUGGCCUUGGCCUGAAAUGCACCUUCCUGGUGAUCUUCAGCUCUGCUAGCUCUCCUUUGUUCCUGAGCAUAGAAGGUGUUGAUUAGCUCAGUCAAGGAGAUGCUAGCAAGGUCUCUUGAGUCCUCUAGGGAGGAUAUCUUUGCUUCAUAUCUCUCAGGCAAAGUGGAGAGGACUUUCUCCACAAUUCUUGCCUUAUCAAAGUGCUCACCUAGGAGCCUUAUGCUGUUAACCACUGCUAUGAUUCUAUCUGCAUACUGCUUCACUGUUUCUUCUUCCUUCAUCUUCAGAUUCUCGAAAUCCCUUCUCAAGUUCAACAGCUGUUGUUGCCUUGUCCUUUCAGUGCCUUGAAACUCCUCCUUAAGCUUAUCCCAUGCCUGUUUUGGAGUCUCACAGGCCAUAAUUCUGGUGAAGAUGACAUCAGACACACAAUUCUGGAUGCAGGACAUGGCUUUGUGCCUUUUGGUCCUCUCAUCAGCAUGUUGUCUGAUCGAUGCUGCCAGAUUAACAAAGCUAGAGAUAUUUGAAGGGAGAUUUACUGAGUUGAUAGACUUUAAUGCCUACACCAAGUCUAUACAAGGUUAGGAGCUCACUUCUUAUUUGCUUGUCAUGGCGCCACUUAAAGCCAAGUUUAAAGUCAAUGAGGUGACCCUAGAAUUAACGUUUAUGUGUGACGGUGUAAGUGACAGCAGAUCAGUCUUGGAACUGGCGAAAAUCAUAGUGGCAAACAAAGGUGUGGAAUCUGUGUACUUUUAUCGAAAAAAUGAUUUAGUGGAAGUGGUUGGUCGGGUGGAUCCUGCUGUAAUCUUACGUAAGCUGGAAGAAUAUACCUUUGCUGAGUUAGUGUCUGUGGGUCAAAUUAAUCCGCCUCAUUUACCCAAGAGAGUAAUUUUAAGUAGAUGCCAGAUCCGAAGAGAAGAUCCAGUGGUUCUUCCUACUGAUCUUAUGUCACUGAGAAUUUUGGAAUGCCACAACGUGAGAAGCUUAAGCGAUAUCUCCAUAUUCUUCCAACAAACAAACCAGUUAAGGUCCUGUUCAGUUGAAGAUUGUAAAGGGAUAGAAUCCGUUCUCGACUUGUCGUUGUCGAACUCGCUGUGCACUCCACUUGAGAAUCUCGAGGACUUGAGGCUUGAAAGCUCUUCCCAUUUAAGCUAGCAGAUGACCUUCAAAACCUGGAGAAGCUGGUGGUUUGUGAUUGCGUACAAAUGGAGGAAAUAAUAUCAUCAGAGGAAGAGAAUCAAGAAAUAAACACUCCCAAGGAAUUCAGUCUUCCCAAAUUAAGGAAGUUGGAAUUGAAGAACUUACCAGAGCUAAAGAGCAUAUGCAGUUCUAAUAGGACAAUGGUAUGCAAUUCUCUUCGGAAUAUUGAAGUAUCGAAAUGUACGAAUCUGAAAAGGAUGCCUCUACAUAUUCCAUUUUUCCAAGAAACAGACCCAUCAGUUCCUUCUGCUCAUUAUCUCGAGGCAAUCUGCAUACAUCCAAAGAAGUGGUGGGAAUCAGUAGAGUGGGACUAUCCAAAUGCUAAGGAGGUUCUGCUACCUUGGUUGGUAUUGAUAUAGCACUGCUGGAAGCCUUGGCCGUUCAAAUCAAAUUCCUGAUCAACCUAAACAGUGAGUCUUCAUUGUUUUCUUUAUAUCUAAUGGUUAGCCCCCUUUUUCUUCUUUAUUUCUAACGGCAAACUUUAAGUUGAUUUACAUAUGUUUUACCAAAUUAUGCUUGUUGGCUUAGAUCAAUGUUGAUAACCCUGCCUCUAAUGCUCCAUCUUCCUUCCCCAGUUUUUUUAACUUGUGGUUUAAUCUGUUAUAGAACUCCAAUUUUGCUCUAAUAUGGUUUGAAUGUUAAUGUUGUAAUUCAACUUUGUACAUUAUAAUCUUGAUUUUAGCUUGAAUCAUUUUUGGCUGUGGUUGCAUUUCCUAAUCUUAUAAGUUGAAGUUAAUAUAAGUUGCUUGCUGCUGGGUUUUAUCCUUCUUCUGUCCUUUUAAGAUUGGCCAUUAGUGAGACUGAAGUCAAUUAUAUUUUUUGUAAAAGAAGUUAAUAUAAGUUGUUUGCUGAUGGGUUUUAAAUUCCCUGGAAAUUCAAAAAUAUUAUUUCAUGGUACAAAGGCCUGAAAACCUUCUAAUUGACAAAAUUCCUUAGCCAAAAACCUUUCUCAUUCUUUCCUUUGCAUGUAAGAUAACAUUGUGAACUAAGACCCUAGAAGGCCAAUAAACAUUAUUAAAUACAUACAUCAAUAAAAGAAAAAGAGAGAAAAACCCAGAAACAGAGAAUUGCUUUAUGCAACCCUAGAAAUUAUGACUUACUUUUCUGCAUAUCUUGGUUCAUGUAUGAUAAUAUAUGUUGUUUCCAAUGUGAUGAUUUCGUAAACCUCAACCAAAUCAAUCAAAAUAGGAGAAAAGCAUCUGAAAACCAGAAGAAGAAGAUGUCUCUAAGCCCACCUAGAGCAAGGAUCAAUGGUGCGGCCCCUGGGAGGAACUACCGGCUUUACUGGUGCUACCACUGCCAUCAAUCUGUCCGGAUUGCUUCUACAAAUCCAUCGGAGAUUGUCUGCCCUCGAUGUUUUGGGCAGUUUGUUUGCGAGAUGGAAAUCAACAGGCCUAGGAUGGUUGUUGAUUUCACUGCUUUUGAUCCAUCCCCUGAAGCUCGUCUGUUGGAAGCACUCUCUCUUAUUAUGGAUCCUCCUAUCAGGCUAUUCAGUCUUGGUAAUUCUGAUAACCAAGAACCUCGGGGCAGGCCUUGGUUGAGACAUCGGAACAACUUACUAGAAUCCGGAGGUGAAAAUCGGCCUCUGGAGCGUCUUCGUAGGCACAGGAGCCGGAGUAUAGAUGGAACUGAUGAUAGAGACCAAGGACCUGAAUCUCUAGGUCAUCCUAGGACUUGGAUUAUUGUUCCACCGCCGGGUCCUUUUGGCCUAGGCCAAGCUGGACCAACUUUUCCACAUGAAAUCCCUGGACGCCCUGCUCUGGAUCCAAGGAGCUUCUUUUCCGGACCAGGACUGAAUGAGUUGAUAGACCAACUAACACAAAAUGACAGGCCAGGAGUACCCCCAGCUCCGGAGUCAACAAUCGACGCAAUUCCAACUGUAAAGAUCACGAAAUCGCAUCUACGCAAUGAUUCGCAAUGUCCAGUCUGUAAGGAAGAAUUCAAGGUUGGUGAAGAGGCAAGAGAGUUGCCUUGUAACCAUAUAUACCACAGCGAUUGUAUUGUGCCUUGGUUAAGGCUUCACAAUACUUGCCCCGUUUGCCGCCAUGAGUUGCCUGUUAGGAGCACCGAUGAACAAUCCAGCAAUGACAGUUUCUCCGAACCCGAGGUUUCUUCCAGCAGAAGAGGUUGGAGGCUUAGGCAACUGGCUAGUAAUUUGUGGCCUUUCCAUCGGAGGCAUCAGAGAAUAAACCCAGAGACCUAUGGAACCCCUGCAGUUGAAUCAAGGUCGCAUGGGUGCUGUAUUCUUUAGGAUUUUAUAUGCAGCUGUUCACUUCAAAAUUUGAGUAUUUUAUUCAAUUUCAUAAUUGUUUGAUAUCAACUUCUAACUUUACAAAAAAAAGUCAUUUUAGCAUUUCAUUUAAUUUUUUUUAACCCUUAAA